CGUUGUCGUCGUUGCAGCCGUCGUGGGAGGGCGGCGGCGGUGCCAGGUGGGGCGGCUGCAUCAUGCUGGUGAAGAGGAUCGGCCUGACGGCAGGCGGCUGUGGCAUACAACACGGUAUUGGUCGGCCGAGCGUAUACCAUGCGGUGGUGGUCAUAUUUCUAGAAUUCUUUGCCUGGGGGCUCUUGACAACUCCAAUGCUAACGGUCUUACAUGAAACAUUUCCCCUUCAUACAUUUUUAAUGAAUGGUCUUAUUCAGGGUGUUAAGGGUUUUUUGUCAUUUCUCAGUGCUCCACUAAUAGGUGCUCUCUCAGAUGCUUGGGGAAGAAAAUCUUUUCUUCUUCUUACAGUUUUCUUCACCUGUGUCCCAAUUCCAUUAAUGCGAAUAAGCCCAUGGUGGUACUUCGCUAUGAUUUCAGUAUCUGGAAUCUUUUCUGUUACCUUUUCUGUAAUAUUUGCCUAUGUAGCUGAUGUAACACAAGAACAUGAAAGAACUACAGCCUACGGACUGGUAUCUGCCACCUUUGCAGCAAGUUUGGUAACUAGUCCUGCCAUUGGAGCAUACCUGUCUGCCAGCUAUGGGGAUAGUGUGGUUGUAAUGGUGGCCACGCUGGUGGCUGUUGUGGACAUCUGCUUCAUCCUGCUAGCUGUACCAGAAUCUCUGCCGGAAAAAAUAAGACCUGCUUCAUGGGGAUCUUCUAUAUCAUGGGAACAGGCAGAUCCUUUUGCAUCUCUGAAGAAGGUUAGGAAAGAUCCUACAGUUCUCCCAAUCUGCAUUACAGUGUUGCUCUCAUAUCUGCCUGAGGCUGGCCAGUAUUCUAGUUUCUUUCUGUACUUGAGACAGGUUAUAGGCUUUGGAUCUGCUAGCAUUGCAGCAUUUAUAGCUGUGGUGGGCAUUCUGUCCAUAAUAGCUCAGGUAAGCUUUGUUCUUCAUAUUGCUUCAUUUAAGCUAAUCUAAAAACUUUGCACAUGCUGUAACGUGCCAAUGUGUCUUGCAUUCACUAAAUGUUGCAUUCAUAAUACAGUCCAUGUAA